CUCCUGCCAGAGAGCCUGUGUCGCCGGCCUGUCCUCACUUCCUGUCCUGGGGUCCCUCCACACAGGCACUCAGGACUGACUUCUGAAAAGUGAUAUUACCUGAGGAGGAAGAGGAAAGACAAGGAGCAGGGAUGGCGGCUGUGACUCAGUUGACAUUUGAGGAUGUGGCGCUGUAUUUCACCCGGGAGGAGUGGCGGUGCCUGACCCCGGCUCAGCGCGCUCUGUACAGGGACGUCAUGCUGGACACCUACGGGAACCUGGUCUCUGUGGGAAUCUCCCCUCCCAGCGUGAGUGUAAUUUUGCCGUUGAAGCUCGAGGAAGAGCCCUGGGUGGCACAGAGCCAUGUGACAAUUCCAGGAGAGCUGAAUGGUUGGGAAGGCGCCAAAGGUGUGUGUGCAGGUACCUCUUCUGGAUACAUAAUUAAAGAAUUAUCACCCAAUGCAGGCAGCGGUAGGGGAGAAAUAUCCCAAAGUCAUGAGGACGGAGGCACUGAUGAGUUUUCCUGCAAGGAAAUCCAGAAAGCUCCACAUGAGUGGGAAUGGGAGUGGAGCAGCACUGAAGGCCGUGCAGAAGGAGUGCUUGUGGUCCACAGAGAAGAGGGCAGUGGUGGAGGAAAGCAGGAGGGUGGGGGUCACGUGGGGAAGCAGCCCACGAGCACUUGGCUCGGACGGCCCCUCCAGGAGCAUCUGCGUGGGCUCCCUCCAUACCUGUGUGAAGGACCAGAGGUGAGGACUGAGGUGAAGUCUGCCCUCUCUGAGGCCCCCAUGUCACGCUCUCGGGGGAGCCCCUCUAGUGGGAACACACACAUCGUCCCCGGAGUGGAUGAUGUCUCCAUCUGUUCUCCGAUACUCACGCGAACACCCAAAGUACACAUUCAGGAAAAGCCUUACCAGUGCGGAGAGUGCGGCAAGGCGUUCGGCUACCCCUCAGCCCUGGUGCUUCACAGGCGGAUCCACACUGGGGAGAAGCUGCACCGCUGCGCUGAGUGCGGGAAGGCCUUCAGCCAAACCUCUGGCCUUGCUGUGCACCGCCGGACGCACACCGGCGAGCGGCCAUUCACGUGUGGCGUGUGUGGCAAGGCCUUCAGCGUGCGUGCCAACCUCGCCGCACACCAGUCGGUGCACACCGGCCGCAAGCCGCACCACUGCGCCGAGUGCGGGAAGGUGUUCAGCCAAGCAUCCAGCCUGGCCGCGCACCGCAGGACACACACCGGGGAGCGGCCAUACGCAUGCGGGGAAUGUGGCAAAGCCUUUAACUCCCACUCCCACCUCAACACGCACCGCGCCAUCCAUGCGGGACACAGGCCUUACCAGUGUACCGAGUGUGGCAAGGCAUUUGCACAGAACUCCCAUCUCGCCAAUCACCGCCGCACGCACACUGGGGAGCGGCCGUUCCCGUGCGACACAUGUGGCAAGGCGUUCAGCCUGCGCUCCAGCCUCGCCACACACCAGGCAGUGCACACCGGCGCCCGGCCACACCGCUGCACGGAGUGCGGGAAGGCAUUCACGCAGAACUCGCACCUCGCACGCCAUCGCAGGACGCACACUGGGGAGAGGCCCUACGUGUGCAGUGAGUGUGGCAAAGCCUUUAAUUCCCACUCCCACCUCAACACGCACCGGGCCAUACACGCGGGACACAAGCCUUACCAGUGCGCUGAGUGUGGCAAGGCCUUUGCGAGGAACGCACACCUCGCCAGCCACCGUAGGACACACACUGGGGAGAAGCCGUACCCAUGCGAUACAUGUGGCAAAGCAUUUAGCAUGCGCUCGAGCCUCGCUGAACACCAGACCUUGCACACUGGCGCCCGGCCACACCGCUGCACGGAGUGUGGGAAGGCAUUCACCCAGAACUCACACCUUAUCAGCCACCACCGGACGCACACCGGGGAGAAGCCGUACACGUGUGACACGUGUGGCAAGGCGUUCAGUGUGCGCUCCAGCCUUGCCACACACCAGGCUGUGCACACUGGGGAAAAGCCAUAUGUGUGCGAUACCUGUGGCAAGGCGUUUGGCCGAAGGUCUAACCUCACAAGCCAUCGCAGACUUCACGCCAGACAGAAGCUCAGCCAGGCAGGGCAGCUGGGUGUGAUCCGUCCAUGCGUGGCCACCAAUGACUUGUUCUCCACAGAAUAUAAAGGCCAGGAUGACACAAAACCACUCGCUGAGAGUUCAGACAUACUGCUGAAAGGGGAGGUUUCCCCUGUAAUCCCGGCAGAGGGGGAUGAGUUCGAUUGCAGCCUGAGCUAUAUCCAAGACCUUGACAUUUUUGUAAAGUGUGUGUGAGAAUAGUCAUCACCAAGAGCAGAAUACAAGAAAUCUCAUCAUGUGCACGGCAGAGGCUCACAAGCAGGCAUUAGUCAGUGGACAUCAGAGCAGACUAAUGUGCCAAAACCAUCCAAGCCGAGCGCUUACCUCAUCGCAGGACAACUGGGAUCCAUCGGCCCCUUCAUUCUCCACCGUGGACUUCUCUUUUCCACCUGAAAAAGAAUGCUAAGCCAAGAAUAGGUUACAGCGAGACACACAAAGUGUGCAGGGACAUCCAGAAGCCAUGAGUGCUGCAGUUUCAGAUGUUGUGCCUUCAUGGUUGAACCCUGCUGGUGAAAAGUCAGUCAUGGGACAUGGAGGCUGUCCCUGAGCUCUUUUGUCUCAAGGCUAGUGCUCUAGC